UGUCCUGUUGUUCAGUUGAAUGUACGGUGGUGGAGGUGGAUCUAUCUGUCCUUUCCGGUCAGGGGGAAUGCAUGUGCUUUUAGUUUGCAUUAAAACUACACAGACUUAUGGGAGCACUAUUAGACUUGAUCUAGCCUGUGGUCUGUCUCUCUAGACUGGAGUGAAACUGUGCUCGGUUACUGGUUCUAUAGGCAGCGGUUGCUAGCAGGGGAGGACCACAGCCAACUCAGACGUCCCUACUGUACCUAGACUGAACUUGAUGCACAACCAUUCUGGACUGAGGUGUCCAUUGCCCUAAAUGAAGUGUGAAAUCAAAUCACAGUGAUAAUCACACAGGCAGGGCACUCGCUGGAUGCUACAGUAAUAUAUGUGAGAUGAAGGCCCAGCGAUGCUGCUGAGAUCCCCUCCGCCUCCUCGCCUCUGACGCCAUCAUGCUGAAGACGGAGGCCUCGGGGGAGAGGACCACUCUCCGGAGCGCCUCCCCUCACCGCAACGCCUAUAGGACAGAGUUCCAGGCCCUGAAGAAGGCCUUCGACCAGCCGCCCCGGCAGGACGGCAAGGAGCCCCAGCUCAAGGACCCUGAGCGGGUCACCCAGCGCCGAGGACGACAGUAUGGCGCACACGUCAGCCGCAUCAAGGACAUGUUCAUGCAGAUGCAGGGCACAGAGAGCACCGUCGCCGCCACCGGGCGGGAAGACCCAUCGCCUCAGAAGAUGACCAAGCCCACCAACUUCAUCAACAAGGCGGACGGCUCGGUCAUCAAGCUGACUCAGCACCCUACAGCAGACCGAACCAGUGCAGGGUCAAAGGUCAUAGAGACCAGGAGGCUGUUUGAGCAGCAGUCGCGCGACGCCUCCCAGUCACCCGUCUACUCCUACGGUCGGGAGAAAAGGGGUUCUUAUGAGCACCUGGACGAAUGGCGAGGGGCGCGCUCCAACAGGGGCAGCACAGACUCCCUGGACUCGCUGUGUUCCAGAACGGAAGCCCAGUCACCCACAGUGAGCCAGCUGAGCGCUGUGUUUGAGAACGUCGACCAACAGGGAGGGGGAGGAGGGGGCGAGGGUCCAUUCCGGCGAGGCUACCGAGGCCGGGCACUAUACUCCCCUGACAAUUCCCACCGGCACAGCGACGUCAGCGAAGACGACUCGCGCCAGUCCCCGGUGCCUGGCGGAGGGUGCAGGAUCCGCAUGGGGGGAAAAUUCCCCAUAUCCUCGUCCUCAGAGGACCUCCUCAGCCCCAGCCCGCUGUCAGAGGCAUUGGAGCUAAAACCCGUCCCGCAGCAAGAGGAGCCCCAGGAGAGAGAGGAGACAGCAGGGGAGUUAGGACAGAGGGACAGAGAGAGACAUCCCGUAAGGGCCACCACCAACGUAGGCGAGGUGAACGGAUCGUGUGAUGAGAAACAGGCGGAGGAAACCGAAACCUUCAGAGAGACAGAAGGAGUCUGCAUGGUCUCAAGGCCCACGACUGACACCAUUGUCGGGGACAAGACUUCUGAGGACACCCCUGAUACCCCAGCUACUCCAGCCACCCCAGCCAAGGAUGAAGCCCAAGAGGAGGCAGAGGCCCUUGGGGGGGAGGUGGAGAUGGAGAAGGCUUCCUCCAGGCCCAGGGUUUCUCCAGAGGACCAGGCAGAAGAGCCCAAUGAGGAAUACAGUGGGAACGAAAGGGUGAUUUUUAACGCGGACGGGGACGCGUGCUACCAGGGCUGGGGGGAGAGCUGUACUGACCCUGACGAUGACCUUUAUGGUGACGAUGAUGUCAUCUAUGACCCUGGGAAUGAUCUUACUGAGAUCCCUGGUCUACCAGAAGAAGAGAAGGAGGAUAUCCCUCAGAAGAGGAAACUACGCUUCAGCACCAAACCCAUGAUGGUGUUCAACACCUACUGUAACGAGGACUAUGACAGGAGGAAUGAGGAGGUGGACCCGGUGGCCUCGUCAGCAGAGUAUGAGCUGGAGAAGAGGGUGGAGAAACUGGAGCUGUUCCCUGUAGAGCUGGAGAAAGAUGAUGAUGGCCUUGGUAUCAGCAUCAUAGGGAUGGGAGUGGGCGCUGACGCCGGUCUGGAGAAACUGGGAAUCUUUGUCAAGACUGUCAUUGAGGGUGGGGCGGCUGAGAGAGAUGACAGGAUCAAGGUGAACGACCAGAUUGUGGAGGUGGACGGCACCAGUCUGGUGGGAGUGACCCAGAGCUUUGCUGCCUCCGUCCUGAGGAACACCCAGGGAGUGGUCAGGUUUGUGAUUGGUCGAGAGCGUCCGGGCCAGGUGAGCGAGGUGGCUGCUCUGAUCCAACAGACUCUGGAGCAGGAGAGGAGACAGAGAGAGAUGCUGGAGCAGCAGUAUGCCCAGUAUGCCCAGUACGAUGAUGAGACAGGGGAGUACGCCACUGAUGAGGAGGAGGAGGAUGAGGAGGCAGGGCCAGCUGCGGACAGGGCCAGAGACGGGGAGGGCGACGGCGAGAAGAGCAUUGAGGUGUUCGAUUUGCCAGAAGCGGAUGACAUCAUUUCCCCCUCAGAGUUGGAUGCCACCAAACUCUACCAGAAGUUCAGAGAGCUGCAGAUCAAGCACACUGUCACCGAGGCAGAGAUACAGAAGCUCAAAAACAAGCUAGCAGCGGUGGACAGGGAGAAGGCGCGCUGGGAGAAGGAGAAGAGCCAGCUGAAGGCCAGCAUGGAGGAGAACAAGGAGAGGAUGCUGAAGCUGGAGAGUUACUGGAUCGAGGCCCAGACCCUGUGCCACACGGUCAACGAGCACCUGAAGGAGGCCCAGUGCCAGUACACCACCCUAGAGAAGAAGUACAACAAGGCCAAGAAACUCAUCAAAGAUUUCCAGCAAAAGGAGGUGGAGUUUGUCCAGAAGGAGGAUGCCGAAAGGAAGAGGCUGGAGGAUGCAGAGAAGUCCCACCUGGAAGAGAUCCAGGGACUGCAAGUCAGGAUUGCAGCCCUGGAGUUUGAGCUGAUGCAACUGAUGAAACAAAAUGGCAUCCAGGUGAACAACAACAACAACAGUGCCCAACAGAGUCCUGGGAAGGCCGGUCCUGCCAGAGAGAUGAGUGAGGCGCUUCCCCACGCUGGUAGCAGACAGAGACUCUCCAGAGGACUACUAUGGGACAGCAUCAGCUCUACAGAGGGAGAGGCAUCAGAGGGCCCUGGCAGUACUCAUUCGUCCAUCCGGAGUGCAGCCUCCAGUACUGUGGAUGAGUUCAGACCCUCCAGGGCCCCUGGCAGUGCUGAGGACUCCCCCAGACAUACCCUCCUCCAGCAGGCUGCAGACAACGACGGGUCUCAGUCUCCUGUGGUGUCCAGCCCCUCUCUCAGCCUGGAGGAGAAGACCAUCAGGAGAGGUCUGGACCCACUGAUACGAAGCAAAGGGAAGGACCCCAGAAGCUCACCUGGAAACAGUUCUACAGAACCCUCUGCUGAGAAUAGCCCAGAGAAACUCAAGGCCAAGAAAUCUCUUACAUGGCCACACUUCUUCUCCUAUUCGUAUUACUUGGGUCCUGUGGUGAAGGAGGAUCUGAGUGUCAGCAGUAGCAGCUCAGUGGAGGUCAGUGGUCUGCUGGCUGAAGCCAAGAUGUCCGGUCGCUCACACACCCUGGUGCUCUCCUCAGACGAGAUCCUAGAUGAGGGCCAGUGCCCCAAGCAGUGGCAGAACAUCAGUGUGAAAGAGUGGACCUCCCAGCAGGUGUCCCGCUGGCUCAUGGGACUAAAUCUGGAGCAGUACAUCCCAGAGUUCACAGUCAACAAUGUGGACGGAGACCAGCUACUGCAGCUGGACAGCACUGAGCUCAAGACGCUUGGCGUUGCCUCCUCCCAGGACCGGGCUCUGAUCAAGAAGAAGGUGAAGGAUCUCAAGGUCCUGAUGGAGAAGGCUCGGCGGAACCGGCAGAAACUGGACAAACGGCGAGCGAAGCUUCGCAAGAAAGAGCUUGAGCAGCAAAAGAAACAGGCCCACAAACCCAGCAACGAGGGCCACUCCGAAACAGCAGGGGGCACAGCAGAGUAACCCACGCCUUUAAGACCUACCUCUCCUUGUCUUUCUACCAACCACCGCUACCAAGUAACAUCUCCAGGGAUAGAAACAGUCAGCAGAAACACUGAGCUGAACACCUAACAGGGCUUGAGUUCAGGCUGUAGUGGUGGAGGCUGUCGAGCUACUGUACCACCAAACAGAUGAUACCAAAAUGAGCAGACAGUUGGAUAGUAAAGAUGCUGCCCACCCACCUGCCUCUCACCUCAUUGUACAUCCUCGUAGUGUUUCCAAACCUCCUGCUCCAUGACGUUUGAUUUAUUUUGGUGUAAUUUAGAUGUAUUUAUUCAUUCUGAGUAUCUUUUUAAAAGUCAUAUCACAUCUGUCUGUGUUCUUCCUCUUUCUAUGAUGUGUUAUAUAAAACACCUUUAGACAUAAUGAAAAAGUAGUGAAUGUACAUAUAUGAUAAUAUAUAGAUAAAUAUGUCUAAUGUGCCAUUUUUUAUAUAGAGAACAUGUUUAUCCUGUGCAGAUAGCUAGAUGGAUUUAUGAAAUCUGAUCUCCCCUCAUAGCUCUGAUGAAGCACAUUACAUAUUGUAUAAAAGGCCUGUGUAGUGGAUGUUGGUAGAUCUCACCACUAGAGCCCAGGCCUGCUGCUUGAAUCAUACCACUGGAGAAUGACAACAACACUGGAACUACUCAAGAGGAACUCAAGUCUAUUGAGCAGACAAGUUUCAAGACUUAGUGGAAUAAGAACCAAGCCUGUGGGAGGAACAAGAAGUAUUUCUGUUCUUUACUGGAACUACACUGGAGGUCCCAACACUGGAAUUUCAACUACUGUAUGAACUAAACCCUUUACUCUGCAUACAGUAAACCUGCCUCUGUAUCGUAUUAGAGCACUUCACGCUAUGAAUGACUAAAGACUUAGUGAGUCGGCUGAUUCCUCUUUGUGUGAAGUGAACAUUUCCAUGAAUUUGUAACAUAACCCUGCUCCAAAAACCAAACCCUGCUCCAAAAACAUGAUGGUGAGAUUUCAAGAGAAGAUCCUGAGUUAUGCAUAAUGUCCCUUCUUCACCCUCCGCCUGUAACCUGCUUUCAACCUCUAGUUGAUCUAAAUAACUAAAGUAAUUCCCAACUGCUGCCUUUUCAUAACGCCACCCGCUUUUACCCGAGUGUUAAAAUAGAGUGAGACGACAUUUAGUCAUCCAUUACUCUAUUUUAUUUCCCAAAUGUCUCUAAGCUGGCAAAUAAGAUGACCAUGCCGUCAUUCUUUUGUGAUUUGAUCUUUUCAGAUGAUUCUCUUUGCGUUGUAUGCCCUGGGAUAACGCAAAGCCUCUUUGGUUAGAAUUCUCAGAACAGGGAGUAGUAUUUACCCCACUACCUGGGUUUAUUGGUUUGUUUAUUUGUUUGUUUAUUUGGAUCCCCAUUCGUUUUUUCCGAAGCAGCAGUUACUCGUCCUGGGGUCCACAAAAAAAACACAAAACAUGACAAGUAACAAAAUACUGACACACUGAUAAACAACAACAGUCACACACAUUUGAAAUACAACGACACACAAACAAUACAGCAACAAAAUAAGACAAACAACAAAACUAAACUGAAACAUUAAGAAAGACACAAAAUCAAAAGAGAGGGUUGUAUUUGUGUACAGGUUCAUUACAAGUUCAUCAUGACUGGGGCCCUUGGUUUCGCCGCGGUACAUACACGAUUACAAACAUUGCACUAGAUACAUGCACGCAAUACAGUCCAACCACUUUGGAUUUUAUAUCUCAAUGUUUCUUAAUAGAUACCUUUACAUUUUUUAAAUGACAUGGACAUAGUUGCUGUAAUGAUGCUGUAUGCAAUAUGUCUUUUGAAUAUAUGUCAGUCAUUCUGUUCCAUUAUCUUACCCAGGAAUCAUCAUUUGGUCAUGUUUACAUACAAUGUAUGGCCAUUGAAAUGUCUCCAUGACGGUGAUGCUACUGUUGUUGCAACAGAGUAGGGUGAAGUUGCCCCUUGACACUGAUCUUGUGUCAGUUUUGCAUUUCCCCCACUAAUGGUUAAGGUUAGGAUUGGAGGAGGAGAAUCUGAUCCUAGAUCUGUACCUAGGGCAAACUUCACCCCGGAGCCUGAUGCAACAGAAACAUGUAAGGCAGCUUUGGAUACAGUAGUUCCCAUCCCUGUUAAAGGGAUAGUUCACUCAAAAACAAAACACAUCAGCGUCACAGUUUCUACUCUGUACUGAAAGUGCUCUAUCUUGAAAACGUGACUGCUGACACGCACAAUUCUGUGGGAUUGUGCUAACUAACUAAUGAACAAAAUGCUAAUGGAUAGUUUUUCAGUGAACUGUCCCUUUAAAGAGACAUAAAUAUGAUAGUACCAUGCAAUGCCACUUAGAUUACACCGGUAUUAAUGUUUAUUUGAUAUUAUUUGUAAUUGUUAUGCUAAAAACAAAGCAUUUUGGCUAUUGUUUAUAAUGACUUAUGCAACAUUAGAGUAUUAAUGCAUAAAUAUAAUAUCGAGAAAUUGUAUGAUUACCCUUUUGCCAAAAAAUUCUAAAACAAAUGUUCAUAAAAUGUUGUAAAAAUGUAAAUGAUCAUCAAAUCGAGUGAUUACCGAGGCAUGAAGUUUGUAUGUUAACCCGAUUUAGGGCUCUAUUCAAUCCGUGGCGCUGAACAACCGCUUUAUAGUGCGGUUGACAAUUAAAGGCAAUGUUCCCGCAGUCGCGGAGACUGCAUUCAUGGUAAACGCUGCAUAUGUCAGAUCAAUCGGAAAUUGCCUUAACAUCACGCGGAUCUACCGCAAUACGAUACGGAUUGAAUGCAGCCCUUAAAUCCAGCCCUUAAAUUGCAUAACCUGAGCAACAACAAAAAAAUCCCCUUCCUCUUUCAUUGUGAUUGUAGUUGCAGCGUCCUUCCUGUCACGUUACCCCACUGCUACUCUUAUAACAGAGCGUCUGGGGUUAUGCUACAAUGAAACCCUUUUCUAACACUUCUCCAACCUAUUCCCAACGCUCAACCACCCAGUUUACCAUUGGAUAGCACUCUAUGACUUUUGUAUGUACAGUUAAAGCUGAAAGCAAUAUUGUUGUAUUAACCCUGAAGAAGCCUUGUUUUCUACUGUGUCAGUACGCUGCCUGUGUACAGUUUAUGUGACCUUUGUGGCUGUGGCUGGGGU